CGCUAGCAGGCCUACAGUAAAUUGUAGAUGGAGCCAAAGUAGUGUAGACGCAUGACUACACUAUUGCAAAAACAAUACGAGUUUUCAAAGACAGAGGAACGGACUUGUUUUGGUGCAAGCAUUGCAGGAGGGAUACCACAGCCAAACAGCACUUUCCAAGCUGAGUUCCUGUCAAGAAAGAUUCCCUUGGAAAGCUGCUGAAUUGUAGGAACAGCUGGUCAGCAGCCUGAGAACUACUGGAGAUCUUAUCUCUUUCCUGCUGGACCUUGUGCUCUGAAUAGCAAUCUAAUGCCCAGACAGUGAGAAGAAAGAAUUCUGUCCCCACAAAGUGCUCAGCCUAUUAUGAACAGGAGCUCCUGCUCUUCACCAGAACAUGUGACUGGCAGGGCGGACUCUGAAAGUGCACAGGUAAGAAGAGACACGGUCUCUUGCUGCCUCAAGGAGCAUCAUUUCCCUGCCAGCCCAUCAGGAUCCCACCGAGAAUUGGAAGCUAUAGCCACCAAAGAAGCUGAAGAGAAGCAAAACAGGGAUAUAGUGCAAGAAAAGGAAGAACAGUUGAUGGAAGAAAGGAAAAAGCGGAAAGACGAGAAGAAAAAGAAGGAAGCUGGUUUAAAGAAGGCCUCUGAACAAAAAAACAAAGUGCCAGAACAUAUCAAGUCCAGUUUAAGCCAGCCUCAGCCUGCCAACCCGAAGAGCGACGCCUCCACUGUAACCAGCAUCGUCAGCAAUGCCAAGCGGGCCCAAGCCAGCAGCCACCCGCAAGUCCCGCCUCGAUACCCGCCCCGCGAAGUUCCGCCACGUUUCCGCCAGCACGAGCAGAAGCAGCUGCUGAAACGCGGACAGCCUCUCCCCAUUCCUGCUGCCACCCUGGGAUCUCGAGCUCCGCUCACCACCGCCCAGCCAGGGGGCGCUGUACUAGCCUGCGAGGCGCCUUUCCAAAAUAGCACCAACAGCAACCUCCCAGGCAUGCCUCCCAUACGGGAUUUGGCCAGCCACUCCCCUAACCAGACAGAAUUAAAUCACAGUGCUCUUGGCUCUCAUUAUGAAAAUUCCCAUUGGAGUUCUGGUUCACCUGGCAGCGAUUCAAACACCACUUGGGAUAAAGUUAUUGUAGACGGCUGCGACAAGGAAGCCUGGCCUUCUAUCACUGGUAGUGACCCAGAGUUAGCCACAGAAUGUAUGGAUGCUGACUCUGCCUCAAGCUCUGGGCCUGAGAAAAACCUUAGUAUAAUGGCUUCUGGGAGCACUGGCGGUGACAGCAAUGGCAAUAGACAAGGAAAUGGACAUGGUUCUCAUUUUAUGGUUGCAAAUGGCAGCAAUAAUGUGGGCAAUGGGAGUAUUAAGGGACCCUGGGGCUUAUCCCAUGGCUCGAUGCUAAGCACAUGUCAAAGCCCUGGGGAGAGUCCCAAUGGCAAAUUAACCGAAAGUAGCCAUGGUAAAUUAAAUGCAUGGGGCACCCUAGGUUCCUCAACCAAUGGAGGUAUAAAUCCAAGCACUUUGAACCCAAAUGCCAACCAUGGUGCCUGGCCUGUUUUGGAAAACAGUGGGCAUAAUCCACAUGGGCCUGUUGGGAAUGGGAACAGCGGCACCAAUACUCAACGUAGCACCAUAGGUCAAACGCCCAGCAGCCAGAGUAUUAACUCUAAGAUGGGCCUCUCUACCCACACACCCUGGGGAAGCCUCCAGGACAACAAUGCAGAGUCUGAAGUCAAUGGUACAAGUAAGGUUUCGUUAAACGGGCAACCUCAAAACCUUAACACUGAAUUGAAUGGACCAAAUAACACUACUAACAUGAUGACCUCUAGUUUACCAAACUCUACUGGUUCAAUGCAGAUGAAUGAACUUCCCACAGGGCACCGAGCCUGGCACGUGGGUACUGGGAGCUCGCCUCAGCUCCAGGCCUCUUCAGUUUCUAAUGGCACUUCCAUUUCUCAGCAUGGCAACAGCGAGGGAAUAAACAGCGGGUCUUAUGGCACAGCAUGGGGAACUCCACAAGACACCAAUUACUCUGGAGACAAAUGCUCUGUCCCUAAAGGCCAGACUGUUGGCGACACUGUGAAUGCAACUCUAAUGCAGUCUGGGGUGAAUGGAGCAACUGCAAGCGCUACUUUUAAGAAUAAUAAUAAUAAUGGCAUGGCGGUGCGUGGUGGAGGGUGGGGCUCUGGGCCUACAGCCUCCCAAAAUCUGCCAUGGGGAGCAGGGAAUGGCGUCGGCCCCACAGGGAUCCCUCGCCCUUGGGGUAGUGCGUCAUCAUCCUCGUCUUCAUCAUCCUCCUCCUCCUCUUCAAACACUGGCACUAAGAUCUCAAAUGGGGAAUGGAACACUCUGCCUAGCAACAAUCAGCAUUCCAAUGAAGGCAUAACCGGGAGCAGGAAGGGAACAAAUGGAUGGAUGUCCCUGGAGGACGAUGCUCUGGGUGAAGGGGGAGCCGGGCAGGUGUCCCAAAUAAACAAUCAGGGCGUCACGUGGGCCAAAUCCACCGGCAGUGAGGGUAGCAGCGAGAGCAGCCGUGGGGACAGAGAUGGACAGCGCACUAGCAACCGCAGGAAGCCGAACACCCAGGGCCUGGUGCAGACCGUCCUCACCAGGCCUGACCUGGACCCCCGAGUCCUUUCCAACACUGGUUGGGGUCAGACCCCUGUCCGGCAGAACACAACCUGGGACAUUAUGCCCGCCUCUAACUCUGAGAAAAAGGGUGACAAUGGGACAGACACCUGGGGCAGCUCAACCUCCCAGGCACCUAACUCAGGAGGGUGGGGCGAUGGGCCUGGCACCAACGGCAAAGAUUCCUCAUCAGUAUCUGGGUGGGCAGAUCCAAAGCCUGACCCUGGGUGGGGAGAAGCCAAAGGCCCCAGUGGUGAUGGAGGUUGGGAGGACAAUGCUGCUGCCACAGCAGUAGGGAAGAGCAAUCAGUCUUGGGGAAGCGUCAAGGAUGAGAAAGCUUCUACUUGGAACGAUGCACAAAAGGUCAAACAGGGAUGGACGGAAGGACAGAAGUCCAACCAGAGCUGGGGUGCUCCAUCUGGCGGCGAGGGGUGGGGAGCAGACCCCCCGCAAGGAAAUCACUGGGGCAAUCCCCCAAAGCCAGGAUCCGCAGGUUGUGACAGUGACAGUGACCGCUCGGGGUCUGGCUGGAGUGAGCAAGGCAGGUGCGGCACAGGCAACACCUGGUGCGGUAGUGGAGGGAGCAACACUCCCAACAGCGGUGGCCCAACUGGCUGGGGUGAACCUACCAAGACAAAUCACAAGCAAGGCUGGGGAGAACCUACUAAAACCAGCAAUCAGAGCCAAGGCUGGGGAGAGCCUCCAAAGCCCAGUCACUGUAGUUCAGGAUGGGGUGACUCCACUAAACCCUGCGAUGCCCCAGACUGGGGCAAGCCACAGGAUGCCCCCACAGGGCCGUCCUCAUGGGGAGUCACUAGUUCGCAGCCUGGGGCCCCUGGUCCUAACAAAUCCUCUGGCUGGCUGGGGGGCCCAAUGCCAUCUACCCUAAAAGAGGAGGAAUCUACAGGCUGGGAAGAACCCUCACCUGAAUCUGUCAGGCGCAAAAUGGAGAUCGAUGAUGGUACCUCAGCUUGGGGAGACCCCGGCAAGUACAGGUACAACAAUGUAAACAUGUGGAACAAGAACAGCGGGGGUGAGCAGGAAGCACCAAUGGCUCCUCAGCAGCAGCCGCAGCCACAGCCACACCCGCCACAGCCACACCCACCUCAGCCUGUCCUACCCCCAAAUGCAGGGCCCAGCAAGGACAAGACUUGUAACUUGGGGUGGGGAGAGCCAUAUGGAGCCACACAGAAAUCCGAGUCCUCAUGGGGUGAGCCUGCGGGGCCCCCUGUCUCUGUGGACAACGGCACAUCAGCCUGGGGCAAACCUGUAGACGCAGGGGCAAGCUGGGAAGAGCCUGGGAGGCAGAAUGCCAAUGCUGGCAGCUGGGGCGGCCCCACAGUGGGACAGCAGGCACAACACAAACCUGGACCCAAACCUAUGCAAGAGAACUGGUGUGGUGAGGAGACGUCCAUGUCGGGAACACGCCAUCAAAACUGGGAGGAAGAGGAGGAGGUGGAAAUCGGGAUGUGGAACAAUACCCCAUCUCAGGAGAUGAACCAGCCCGGGAACUGGUCCUAUAUGAAGAAGAUGCCUCCAAAGGUCAAUAAAGGAGGCAACAAACAAGAUGAUGCAUGGAUGAAUCAGUUUGUGAAGCAGUUCAACAACAUGAAUUUCACGAGGGAAUCUGAAGAAACUAUGAAGAACAGUAAGAUGGAUAUGUCUGGCGGGAUGUUGGCGGAUAAGCGCAUGGAGGUAGACAAACCUGUUCCAAAUAUGGGAGAAUACAACGGUGUGAUUGGAAAGAGCCCUGGAUCACGCCAUCAGAUGUCCAAAGAGUCUUCCAUGGAGCGAAGCCCCUAUUUUGAUAAGCUGUCUCUGUCCCUGUCUGUUCAAGAUGGCAUUGUAGCAGAAGAGCCCCAAAAUGUACAGUACUCCUCUAAUCAAAACGUGAAGCUUCCCCCUUCAAACAGUACACUACCUAAUCAAGGCCCUGGCUCCAUGCCAGCGGCAAGCCAUCAGAACUUGAAUUUGGUCAGGCAGAAUGUUAAUCCCAUGUUCAGUAGCAGUAAUGCAGCAGCACAAGGCAGGAGCACCCAGCAGCCUCCAGCACAACCUCUGAACUCGUCACAGCCUAAUCUCCGCACUCAAGUGCCUCCACCGCUGCUCUCCCCUCAGGUUCCCGCAUCAUUGUUGAAGUAUCCCCCCAAUAACGGCGGCCUGAAUCCUCUGUUUGGGCCCCAGCAGGUUGCCAUGCUGAACCAGAUUUCCCAGUUAAACCAGCUCUCCCAGCUGCAGCGCCUCCUCCAGCAGCAGCAGAAAGUGCAGAACCAGAGGAACAUGCCCAUCAGUGGGCGUCAGCAGGAGCACCAGGGCCGCCCUCUGGGCUCCUCCCAGCAGAUGAUGCAGCCCCCUCGCCACAUGGACCCUUCCGCAAUGAAACCGCAACCUUCCCCGUUGCCGCCGUCUCUACACCAGUCGGGCCUCAAGUCCUACCUGGAGAACUUCAUGCCCCCAAACGCGCCAGAGCUGCAGAAAGAGCAGAGUGCUCCCGGUUCAUUCAGUAACUUCCCUUUAGGUGGGUUCGCUCCCCCUCCUAGCGUAGGGCAUGGCGACUCUCUGUUGCACCAAGCUGCGAAGCACCCCAUGAUUCCUGCGCCGCACGCGUCAGGCUAUCCCCCAGCUGGCAGUAAUCACAGUCAUAGCUUCCAUAGCCCGCCCCAGAGCAACGGCCACGCCGCGCCGGGCUCACCCAUCCACCCCCGGGCUGGGAGGACGUUUGCCAGCCAUGAAAGCAACUGUGUGUCAGCAAGAGGCUUGAAUUCAAACAUGAAUGUAAUCAAUCUGGACAUUGGCAGUAUUAGCUACAAAGAGCCCCAGUCCCGGCUGAAGAAAUGGACUGCCUUGGACAUUUCCGUUAACUCACCACUUGAACAAAACUCCGGCAAACCUGGUGCUAUCUCCUCUGGACUGAGGCUUGAAGAUUCCCCCUUUGGUCCGUAUGACUUCAUGAAUACCAGUAACUCCCCUGUCAGCCCGCCUGGGUCUGUGGGGGACGGCUGGCCCAACCGUGCCAAAUCGCCACAUGGCUCCAGCAAUGUCAACUGGCCUCCAGAAUUUCGCCCUGGUGAGCCUUGGAAAGGAUAUCCAAACAUUGACCCUGAAACUGACCCUUAUGUCACUCCUGGCAGUGUGAUUAAUAAUCUCUCCAUUAAUACUGUCCGGGAUGUUGACCACCUCAGGGACAGGAACAAUGGGUCAACCUCAUCUCUGAACACCACGCUGCCUUCAAAUAGUGCCUGGUCAUCCAUUCGUGCCUCCAACUACAGUGGUUCCCUCAGCAGUACAGCACAAAGCACUUCAGCCAGAAACAGUGACUCCAAAUACACUUGGUCCCCUGGUCCGGUCACAAACACCUCUUUGGCUCACGAGCUGUGGAAGGUUCCUCUGCCACCGAAAGGCAUCACUGCUCCGUCCCGCCCACCCCCAGGCCUGACAGGCCAGAAGCCCCCGUCGUCCUGGGAAAACAACUCUCUGCGUCUGGGGGGCUGGGGUGGCUCCGACUCCAGAUUCACCCCUGGUUCCAGUUGGGGCGACAACAGCUCAGGGAGAACAACUAAAUGGCUUGUUCUCAAAAAUCUCACACCUCAGAUUGACGGCUCCACCCUGCGAACCCUGUGCAUGCAGCACGGCCCCCUGAUAACAUUCCACCUGAACCUGCCGCACGGCAACGCUGUAGUCUGCUACAAUUCAAAGGAGGAGGCGGCCAAGGCACAAAAAUCUCUGCACAUGUGCGUUUUAGGGAACACUACUAUUCUUGCUGAGUUUGCUAGUGAAGAGGAAAUCAGCCGUUUCUUUGCACAAGGUCAGUCCAUGACUGCCUCGCCCGGCUGGCAGACCCUGGGCUCCUCUCAGAAUCGGAUCGGAUCCAUCGAGGGUUCCCACCCUUUCCCCAACCGCAAUGAUCCAAACCACUGGAACGGUGCUGGGCUGUCGGGAGCUGGCAGCGGAGACCUCCAUGGCACUUCUCUCUGGGGCGCCCCUAACUAUUCCUCCAGCCUGUGGGGGAACCCCAGCAGCAGCGAGGGCCGCGGACUCAGCAGCCCAUCCCCCAUCAACUCCUUCCUCCCUGUUGACCACUUGGCGGGAGGUGGGGAUACCAUGUAACACACCUCUCACCCUCUGACUUAGGAACUGUGACCUCAGUGUGUAAUAAUAUUAACCGUAAUCCUAAUAAUUAGAAUAAGGAAACAAAUGGCACUAGUUUGACUUUUUUCCCACCUAUGAAAAAAGAAAAGAAAAAAAAAAAAAAACGGGGUCACCCUGUGGAAGCAAGUUACUUAUUUUCUGCACAUUUUUCCUCUUUCUUUUAGCCCAAAACAUAUCAGUUUGAAUACUUGAAUCAUGCAGGCCAAUAUUAUAAUGUGAAAAGGAUAUAUUUACACUUCCAGGUAGUGCUCUUCAUGGAAAAAAAUGCUUCAAAUGAGCUCAUUUGUUUAUUCAUCAUGUUUAUUUGAAUUCCAGUUUUUUCUUUUUAUUGCGUUUGUUUGCUGACAAUGUUGGAGUAUGAGCUUUUAACUUUGCACUGAAUGUGGUAUUUCUCAGUAUAAUCCGCAAUAUAGAGGGAGCCCACAGUUCCAGUGUAGUUGUUUACUCAAGGAUGUUCUUAAGAAGCGUGCGCUCUACUAUGCCUUGAUGUACGCCUACCUUAUUGUGGUAUUGUGGAGUUCAAGAUCAAGAUAUAAAUGCUGACUUAGGACUAUUUGACAAUAUUAAAGAAAUAAGUAUUGCACCAAUUGUUGUUUAAAACUAAAGAGUUUAGCUCUGCAGUGUAAAAAACUGUAGCCACAGCUGUGACUUGCAAACCCGACCUGCAAGCCAGGGGGAACAGCACUUUCAAAUAGGCUUUCAAUUUUGUUUUGGAGGUGCCACCGUUGUGCCCUCUUGUUUACAGACUUUUUGAGGAAAAAAAGUGUUUACUCUUCCUUCAUUUUAAAAUAAAAAAAUAUAUUUAAAAAAUCAACAAAAAAAAUAUAAAAUGAAAAAGUACUUUAAAAAAAGACAAAAAUGCAAAAAAAGGAAAAAAAUUAAAAAUGUAUAUUGAGGAUGAAGACGAAGCUUUCUAUCUCUGGGAAUACUGAUCAGUGUUUGGCCAUGUUUUGUUUUAUUUUUGUUUUUUUGUUUUGAUUUUUUGUUGUUUGUUUUUAAAUCUAUUACUCUCGUCUGCUAAAUAACGAGCAUGGUUCUCAGGAAAUAUACCCAGUUUCCCCAAGUAGAAACUCCUUGUAGGAAAAUCCAACUUUUAGCACUGAAACUACUUAUAGCUCUGUAAGUUUUUCUCUGCCAAAUAACUGCUUUAAGCUGGAGACAUUCUACAUACUGCUUUGAAAAAUGCUGUCUUUUUAUCAGUGAGUGGAGAUGGUUUUGCUGAAUCGCUAUAUUUGUCAUUUUCCUUCCCUUUAUUCCCAUUAUGGAGUGGCUCAAUGUUUUGCUCUUUGUGACUGUCAGAUUUAAUUGUUGUACUUUAAAAAAGACAAGUGGAAAUCGGUAACUAUGCAUACUGUAACCAGAUAUCUGGCUUACGGAAUCAUUUUUGUUUUGUUCAAAAUGUUUUAAAUGUUAAAUUGCAAAUGCUUUGUUUGCAAAACCUUUCUCCUUGCCACAAAUGGUGUUCUAUAAGAGUAAGAGAAUGUCUUGUUUGGUCAUUCAGAGACAAACGAGAUUGACAUUUUAACAGUGCAAAAGUCGCCCACAUUUCAUUGCCUUGAUUUAAAUUGUGUCCGAAGAUGCAACAAGUCAAGUGGCUUUUAACUGUUUACAAAUAGAAUGUGAUUGUAAUGUGUACAGUUUGGUUGUGUUGAAAUCUGAAGUUCCUCAAUAUUAAUAAAUCAUGACGUUUUGGCUGCUCAGUACGUUGUUGUUUGAACGCUGGUUUGUCUUUUGAAAUGCUGGGCCUCUAUCAUAGGGAGGCUUGGGAAGGCUAGAACAGUGGUGAAUGUAAUCCUUUGCUGGUAGUUCAAAUACAUACAGAAAACAAUGUGUGUAUAUUUACAUACAAACGAUAUAUACAAUAUUGAUUGUUUAGUUACUACAAUGAUGCACAAUUUAUAAAAGCUUCAAAGAAAGAUUUCAGCAUUAGGCUAAGCCAUGGACCUUAAUUUUGUUUUUUUAUUAUUGUUUUAGAUUUUUUUUUGUUGUUGUUUUUUUUUGUUUUUUUUUUUAAGUUAAAUUGUCCAUAUUGAUAAAUUGAAAGCAUUGCUUAAAAAAUACAUUGAGUAUUACCCAGACUUCAUAGAGGCAUGCCAGUGUUGAUCUGUUAAGUACAUGCUCUACCAAAUAUGAAUCAAACGAUUUCUCCAGAUGUUGCAUUUCUCAUUUUGUUAAAACAAUUUACUGAACAUUUAAACCAGGUUGAUCUUAGAAAUGUAUAAUAAGAUAUUGAGACAAAAAGCCUUGGAUUUGCACUUGGUGUGUGUAUAUAUAUAUGUAUAGAAUUGUUCCGCUGUACAUGGUACGUGUAUGCUUCCUAAACGGGGAGGAGCAUUGCGAUGGAUGUGGAGAAGGUUCUUGGGUGGCUGGCUUUGUUGUAGGCUUGUCGUGUUCAGUUCUUCAUGUACUUUGCUUUCCUUGGUUGUGGUGUUCAGGCAGUCCGGGUUUUCUCCAUGUCGACCAGCUCCAUUCCUUCACAGUAGGAGUGAGGACGAGGUGUCUUAGCCUGGAAAAUAAGCAGACGCCAAUAAGGCAUUAUUGCGGGUCUCGGUGGGCCUGCUGGAUUAUUUUGGAACGCCCUCGUUGCUCCUCUCGUACUGACUACAAGUGGCUCGGGUGCUUUGCUCUGAGGGGUUUACUUGACCAGGGUAGCCACUUCUGUUCCUUGUAAUCUUGAGGUGCACCAUCUUGAAGGUGUGCAACACUCUAACCGCAGGUCUGGGUUCGUGUAGCUGUGCUGAUUGCAGACACAGGCGUAUGUAUAUAUCAUUUCCCUGCCCCCAAUUGCUUAUGUUGUUCUGUAUUGGAGUGAACUGACGUAGAGUAGGGAAAAGCCAGUUGUAUCUACCCUGCUUUCUACUUUUACCUUAUUAUUAUGAUUAUUAUAUUAUUAUUUUUUGGCCUUUGGUUUUCUGUCAGCUUUAUUGUGCACCUAUGUAGAGCUGUUGAUGUUGGACAAUAUCUCCCAGGGAUGUUGUGUAAAACCCACUGUUAUGCCAAAUUGGGGAGGGAGAGGGAGGGAUGGGGGCAGAGGGAUUGGUUAUUUUGUACAAAUCUGGACAAUGUAUAUGCUUGAAAUGUCAUCUACAAAUAGCUACUGUGAUGAAGAAACAAAAAAAAAUGAGCAAUGUACAAUCCCCAUUGCUGCUCUGCAGUUCUUUUGUAUCGCCAUGUCAAAGUGGAGGAAUAAGGGUUGGCCAGACAUUCUACUUUUGUAUUAAGUAAAUGUGACUCUUUACUGAUGUAUCCUCUGAGUGAAUUUUAAACAGCCCUCUUUUACAUGGUUCCUACUGUUUAACAAUGUGCUGAGGCUAUUUACUUUUCAUACUGUGAGCAUUGCCGUCUUGUCCUUUUAUAAACCCUGUAAAAGCUUUAGUGAAAGCAGCACAAAGAACCAGAACAAUAAAAUCAAAAAUAGCCUGGACUUUUUUUUGAGAAGUUCCAUUAGAAGUCAGUCUAUGCAGUGUGAAGGUAACAAAGGCCGCUGUGUCCAUUUUGCUUUAAACAAUCCUUUAGUAAAAGCAGGAUUGAGAAGGUCAUUGAACAUGUGCCAUUAAAGUGUAUUUUGAAAAAUUGGCCAGUAGUAGCAUUUGCGAUGUAUUGUUCACAGAUUCCCCUAAGCCAGACUGGGACGGCAAAUGUACCUUUUUUUAAAAAUAAUAAAUAUAUCAAAUGUUGGGGGGGAAAAGGUUGAAGUGCUCACUUAUAACUUAUGCACAUUGCUUUGGUAGACUGUUUGAACAAUGUAUAGAAAACAAUACGUCUAAUUUACCUACUUAAAUGAGCAGGAAGUACCUUUUUGUGUCUUCUUGGGAUCAUUUGAGAAUUUUAUCUUGGGGAACUGCACUUUUUGAAGGACAAUCCUUAUUUGUAUCGGUAUACAUUUUGACUAAAGAAUAAGUAAUACAAGGUAGAAACUGUCAAUUGUGUGAUGAAUGUUUCCAUUGAUGCUGUCAUUUUAACUUUUUUUCUUCUGUGUUGCUUGCGUUUAAAUUUUAGUGCUAAUAUGUAAUAAUAAAUAGAUUAGAUAUUAGGUCUUUUGUUGACUGUACUUGUAGACUGAUUACUGUUUGUAAGGUUAUGCUGAUCUCUGCAUCAGAAUACAAAGCUGUAUAACUUGGGUGCAACCCACAAUAAAAUCCUAACAGUUA